AUGUUUUAUAUAAUUGGAUUGGGAUUAUCAGACGAAACUGAUAUCACCAUUAAAGGUCUUGAAGCAAUUAAAUCAUGUGAAAGGAUAUACUUAGAAGCAUACACUAGUGUUUUAAUGGUUUCAAAAGAAAAAUUGGAAGAAUUUUAUGAUAAGAAAUUAAUCCUUGCUGAUAGGGAAAUGGUAGAAUCUCAAAGUGAUAAAAUUUUAUCUAAAGCUGAUAAAAUAAAUGUAGCAUUUUUAGUUGUAGGAGAUCCAUUUGGUGCUACAACUCAUACCGAUUUAAUUUUGCGUGCACGAGAGCUUAAGAUUCCUGUUAAAAUUAUACAUAAUGCAUCAAUAAUGAAUGCAAUUGGGGCAUGUGGAUUACAACUUUAUAAUUUUGGUCAAACAGUUUCAAUCCCUUUUUUUACUGAAUCUUGGCAUCCUGAUAGUUUUUAUGAACGCAUUAAAGAAAAUCGAUCUUUAGGAUUACAUACUUUAUAUAUUAAGGUGAAAGAACAAAGUGAUGAAAAUUUAGAUUUGAAAGAGAUUGAGGAUUUGAAAGAGAUAUUCAUUGAUCAUUAUAUAUAUGAUAUUUGGAAUCCUGGAGCUGAAGAACAAACACUGGAAAGAAUUCGUAAUAAUGAAACAUUCUAA